AUGGUGGGCUCAGGAGCAACAGAUAGGAGCAAAGAAGCUGUUGGGAUGAUGGCCCUUCAUGAGGCCCUCAGAAGCGUCUGUCUCAACACAGACUGGACUUACUCUGUCUUCUGGACCAUCCGUCCACGCCCGAGAGUCAGAGGAGGUAAUGGCUGCAAGGUUGGGGAUGACAAUGGCAGCUUGAUGUUGAUGUGGGAAGAUGGGUUUUGUCGAGGAAGAGUUUCAUCAGAUUGUCUUGAAGAUAUUGACGGAGAAGAUCCUGUCAGGAAAGCCUUCAGCAAAAUGUCCAUUCAGCUGUAUAAUUAUGGAGAAGGGUUGAUGGGGAAGGUUGCAUCUGAUAAGUGCCACAAAUGGGUUUUCAAAGAACCUACAGAGUGUGAACCAAACAUCUCCAACUACUGGCAAAGUUCUUUUGAUGCUCUUCCUCCUGAAUGGACUGAUCAGUUUGAGUCAGGCAUUCAGACAAUUGCUGUAAUUCAAGCUGGUCAUGGUCUUCUACAGUUGGGCUCCUGCAAGAUUAUACCGGAAGACCUUCACUUUGUGCUAAGAAUGAGGCAUACCUUUGAGUCUCUAGGCUACCAAUCUGGUUUUUACCUCUCCCAACUAUUUUCCUCUACCAGAAACAACUCUGCCUCAUCAGUGCUUUCUUCAAAGCAGUCCCCAAUUCCGAUCCGGCCUCCUCCUCCUCUCUUCAAUUGGGCUCAAAGGCCUCUUCCAUCUGCAACAGCUAUGCAGCUGCCUUCCCCCAACAGAGACAUGAUGGGAGGAGGAGGAGGAGGAGGAGGAGGAGGAGGAGGAGGAGAGCAUGAAAAUGACAUCAAAUGGCCAAAUGGAUUGUCUUUCUUCAAUGCCCUCACGGGACGUUCCGAUGAUGCAAAGCUUUUGUUCAAUCCGGAGAACUUGGGAAACAAAGGUGGAGACGAAAAUCACCACCACAACCCGAAUCCAAACUCAGAUCAUGCUUCGAAUCACAACGAGUUUUUGAGCUUGGAUUGCCACCCGGAUAGUAGUGCAAGGAAGAACAUGGAGAACAAGUACAAGAGGAGCUUUACUUUGCCUGCAAGAAUGGCUUCAUCAUCUUCAAACUCAGUUGAUCACCAUCAGCACCAAUCUGUGGGGUAUCGAAAUGCCGAAGCUGGUAUGUACUCUGAUGUUAUGGAGACCUUCUUGGAGUGA